GCUUUAGGCUUCUCAGAUUUUUCUUUUCCCCAAAGGUAAAAAUAUACAUCACUGAAAAAAAGCAUCUGUGAAAGUGACGUAAUCAAUCAUGCCAGCGCAGCGACAGGAGCAAGAUUAUUUCUCUCUAGACCCCAAGAGCCAGAUUGAGGCAAUGAACAUUAUUAAGAAGUUGCAAUGCAAAAUUCUUUAUAGUGAAAAGUAUUACGAUGAUGUCUUUGAGUAUCGCCAUGUUAUUCUCCCCAAGGACUUAUCAAAGUUGGUACCCCGAAACAGGUUGAUGAGCGAGACGGAAUGGCGACAGUUGGGGGUUCAGCAGUCACAGGGUUGGAUGCAUUACAUGAUACACAGACCUGAGCCUCAUAUUCUUCUUUUCAAGAGGCAUAAGUCAAAUUGAUACAUCGGGAAGAAGAGUAUAUCACAGAUAAAAGGGCGAACUAUAGAACUUGAAUUAACAAGACAAGUUAACUGAUUAAAAGAAACGUGAAUGAGGUAAACCAGCAAGGUAUUUGUUUGCUGCUGUCAUUAUUUUGUGAUACUGUUCAUUUUUUUGUCUUUUUAUAGGAUUUACUUGCUUUUAGAUCUCUUAGAGCACCCACUCACCCUUCCUAUUCAUUUUGAGCGAAGGCAGCAUGAUGACAUAAAAAAGGCCUCUGCCAUGUAUUA